GACUUCAAAGUUGGUAUGAAAUUGGAAGCCCAUGACCCUCGCAAUAUGACUUCAAUCUGUAUAGCCACGGUUGUUGGAAUUACUGGUGCCAGGCUACGUUUAAGACUGGAUGGUAGUGACAACAGAAAUGAUUUUUGGAGACUUGUCGAUUCUCCAGACAUACAGCCUAUUGGGACAUGUGAAAAGGAAGGGGACUUACUUCAGCCUCCACUGGGGUAUCAGAUGAAUGCGUCAUCUUGGCCAAUGUUCCUCUUACGAACACUGAAUGGAUCUGAAAUGGCACCUGCGACAUUCUUUAAGAAGGAACCACCAAAGCCACCUCUAAAUAAUUUUAAAGUGGGAAUGAAACUUGAAGCUAUAGACAAAAAGAACCCUUAUCUGAUCUGCCCUGCAACUAUUGGAGAUGUUAGAGGAGAUGAAGUUUAUAUCACAUUUGAUGGCUGGAGUGGAGCUUUUGAUUACUGGUGCAAGUACGAUUGUCGAGAUAUUUUCCCAGUUGGGUGGUGUCGCCUGACAGGAGAUGUAUUACAACCACCUGGAACUCAUGUGCCUGUUACAAAGAAUAUAGCAAAAACACAGUCUUCUCUUUCCAAAGCAACCCAACGUUCAAUGCAGUCUCCACAGAAAACUGCUGUAAUACUACCAACACAGCAGAUCAGGAAAUCAGGUCGCACUAAACCACCUGCACAGACUUCAGUCCCUAAGAAGGGAAGUGCUGUUAAAAGUCUUACACCAAGGAAAAAAGGCCCAAAAAAGGAAAAAUAUUUUCCUGUUUUGUGUUCUACAUCUUCAGCUUCUAUAAAAUCUCUGGCCAGAGACCGUCGUGUUUCAUAUGAUAAGGAUGCUGCUCCUGGCACAUCUAAAAUAGUGAUGUCAACAGUCUGUGUCUAUGUAAACAAACAUGGAAACUGUGGCCCUCACCUGGAUCAGAAGAAAAUCCAGCAGCUGCCUGACCACUUUGGCCCGGGCCCCGUGAAUGUGGUGCUCCGGAGGACCGUGCAGGCCUGUGUGGAUUGUGCCAUUCAAAGUAAGACUGUUUUUGGAUUUCUUAAGCCAGAUCAUCGUGGAGGAGAAGUGAUAACUGCUUCCUUUGAUGGGGAAACUCACUCUAUCCAGCUCCCUCCAGUGAAUAGUGCAUCAUUUGCUCUUCGCUUUCUUGAGACUUUAUGCCACAGCUUGCAGUGUGAUAACCUUCUGAGUAGCCAGCCUUUUAGCUCUUACAAAGGUACUACUCCUAAUCCUGCAGAGCAUGAUAAAAAUAAAUCAGUAAAAGAAGACAUAACAGAAAAGAAAAGCCCCAAACGGUCUUCACAGGAACCUAUACCUUAUGUUGCUCCUGUGUCACCUAAGCUCCCCAAAACAAAGAUGCAUGCCCCCAAAGAAGAACUAUUGUCUUCUGAGGGAAAUGGCGUGCCCAAAGAGGAAAAGCUUCCUGAAGAUUCCAAAAACUCAUCACUAAAUCCAGCAAAUUCUUUAAGCCCUACCAGCAGAAAUCCUGUAAGCACUCAUACUGCAGUCUCCAGGAAUUUUUCUCCAAGUGUGCCAGGCACCUCAAGUUCAGCACUAGUGGGGACCAGAUCUACCAAGAGCAGUCACCAUGAAGUUAAAUUCCAAAUGCAGAGGAAAAGUGAAGCUCCAAGUUAUAUAGCUGUACCUGACCCCAGUGUCCUGAAACAAGGCUUCUCUAAGGACCCUUCAACCUGGUCUGUGGAUGAAGUGAUACAGUUUAUGAAACAUAAAGAUCCUCAGAUAUCAGGCCCCCUCGCCGACCUCUUCAGGCAACAUGAAAUUGAUGGGAAGGCUCUGCUACUACUCAAAAGUGAUGUGAUGAUGAAGUACAUGGGGCUGAAGCUGGGGCCAGCAUUAAAGUUAUGUUACUACAUUGAAAAACUAAAAGAAGGAAAAUACAAUUGAAAAAAAAAUGUGUAAGUUUAGAUUGGACAGCAUUCUGUGUU